AUGGCGAGCAGCGCGCCGUCGGCGGCGGCGGCGCGAUCGGCCGCCGGCGCGGGGCCGCGGAUCGCGCGGCGCGCGCCGCCGGUCACGAGCGACGACGAGGGAAUUGUAUUAAUAUCGCAUCCGACUCGGCGACGGAUAGUGCGCCCUUCUCGAACGGUUCGUCUCCGCGCGCACGGCUCGGACGUCCCGGCGCCGUUCCACCCCGACGAGACCGUCGUCCUCGUGAGCAUCCACGCGGAGCUCUCGUACGGGCAGAGAGUCGCGCUCGUCGGGGACACGGACGUGCUCGGGGAUUGGACCCCCGAGCGCGCGUUCCUGCUGUCGUGGACCGAGGGCGACAUCUGGACGGGGAAAGUGACGCUCCCGGCGCACGCGGACGAGGUGGAGUACAAGCUCAUCAAAUCGCACCGCGGGGCGAGUGCGCAGGAGUGGGGGAAGUCGUUCGAGUGGGAGGAAUACGAGAACCGGUUUUUCCACCUCGGCGAGCUGCGGAGACGCAUGGAGGGCGCGCCGUCGGGUGCGAUCGCGACCGUCAGCGGCGAGUUCGAGGGAAGGCUGUUCGUGGACACGAAGGAUUUGGCGGAGCUGCACGAAGCCGCGGAGGCGAGAACGGCGGCGGCGGAGGACGUGGUCGACGCCGUGGACGGCGGCGGGGACGUCAGCGGGCUGGACGGCGGCGCGUUCUGGUCGAACCCGAACCCAACAAACCCGCCGGCGGCGAACCCGACGGGCGCGGACGACCCGCCGCGGCCGAUGCCAAACUUCGUCGCCGAAAAGAAAACUCCGAGCGGCGGGCGGUACGCGUGGUCCGCGCCGGGGAACACCGGGUCGUUCGACGACCACGACGCGGUCGCGAACGUGAGCGACGCGAGCGACAACAUCGACGAUUACCUCGCCGCGCUGGACGCGUACAGGAGCAGGGUCGGCGGCGGGACCGGUACCGCCGGCGCCGCCGGCGCCGCGUCGACGGGCGCCGGCGCCGCCGCGUCCGUCGCCACGAGAGAACCGGUGGAGUACGUCCCGAGCGCUAGCACCGCCGCGCCGUCGUCGUUUCAGUCGCCGUCGAUCGGAACGAUGCGGUCGCCCGGUCCCUCGGCGGGUCCCUCGGCGGCGGAGCCCGCGUCCGCGGCGACGCACCCGUCGACGCGCGAGUCCGCGUUCACGUCCACGGGGUCGUCGUUUUACGACACGGACCCCGCGCAGCGGCGGCGACAAACCCACCAGGCGUCGUCCUCCGAUCCGGACCCGCCGCGACGGAGCGCGGUCGACCUCAGCGCGCUGCCCGAGGGCGCCGCGCGCCUCGUCGCCGCCGCGGAUCCGGUCGCGGCGACGCGCGAGGACAAGCUCCGCGUCGCGGCGGACGUCGUCCAGGCGGGCGUCGAGCUAUGCGGCGUCGCUCUGGACGACCCGAUGCGAGCCUCCUUCGACGACGACGACGACGACGACGACGACGACGACGACGACGCGUCCUCCGCCUCCUCCUCCUCCCGCUGCCUGAGCACGCUCGGCGUCGCCGCGGCGUACAUGUCGUGGGUUCGAGACGACGCGGUGCCGAGCGCGGACGGCGACGCGACGCGGAUUCGGUCGCUGACGCGGGAGCUGUUCGUGAACCUCGAGGGCGCGUGCGGAAAAAACGCCAUCACGGAGACAGAGCGCGCGAUGACGCGCCGGUGCCUCGCCGCGCUGCCGUCCCUGGACGACGCCGUGUCCGACAACGCGAGCGCGCUCGAGCGUCUGCACGCGGCGCGUCCGAGCCUCGACGCGGACGCGAGGGAGUUUGCGGACGAGCUGACGCGCUCGAUGAGUCACCUCGCGCGCGUCGCGGAGCCCUCGCCCGGGCGUCGCGGGCUCGCGUCGCCCGAGGGCGAGGCGGUGACGCGCGCGCUGCGCGCGGCGACCGCGGUGCGAGGGCACUUCACCGCGUCGCUCGCGCGGGAGGACCAGAAGGUGAGACUGCUUCCCAUACGAACCCGUUCGCGUGGUGAACGCCGUUCCUUAAGGACUUUUCCCGUCGUCACUCUUCACCCGCGCUUCCCUUUCAAUAGAUUCAACGUUUGA